AUGGAUUCAAGAAAUACCGUCAUUGACACUCAUGAACAGCAUUUACCCGUGACAAAGGAUCCUCCUGUACUAGAACUCAUGACCCCUAAAUGGACACGAGCUGCACGGCAUUUACUUUAUGUUGGUCCUAAUUACUUAGAUGGAGAUCUCAUUAAUAUUGAAAAAAAGGGAAGUUUAGCCUUUGGACCAUCAAAUGUCUGCUCGCCAUAUUUAGGAAUGAAUGACGUUGCUCUCAAGAUACGAUUCAUGCACACGUUACAGCAAUUUUUGGUGUCGAGUUUAGAAAAAAUGGAGACUUUUACUGGUGAUUUAGAUGAGAAUGAGCGACGUACACUAAGGGAUUUGCGAUGCGUAUUGUUGCAGCAAAAAUUGCGUCAACAUGUAGCCAAGGCCUAUACGACACGGUUGGCAGUGCUAGGAGAGCCAUCUGCAGUUGACCGUAAAUCGUUCCGACGCCGUCGCCCUGUAUCACGUGUGGAACUGCAAAGUGAUGAGCGUGAGAAGCGCAAGAAAUCCGUAGCAAUGGAGAAAAAGCGGCGUGCGGACCGUCAAAUGUAUUUGAAGGCUAUACUCAAUCACUCGCGCGAGUUCUUUGUUUACCACAAGAAUGUGAAGGCAUUGGCAAGCAAGUCUGCCAAAGCUGUCAAGGCUUUCAUCGACCAGCGUGCAUCCAAGGCCGAGCGUGAGGAAGAUCGUCAAGAAAAAUUACGUCUGAAGGCAUUGAAAGCUAAUGACAUGGAAGCUUAUGGUAAGCUGGUGGCUGAGGCAAAGAACGAGCGUCUGACGUAUCUGCUGAGCCAGACCAAUAGUUAUUUGGACAGCAUUCGCCAGUUGGUGCGUCAGCACAAACGAAAGCAUCACGUUGUCGAUGAAUACACGGCGCAUUACGAUGCGCAUCACGUAGGCGUCAAGAAUACAAAUGCUGAUGAGCAGGACGAUGAUCUGAAUUAUUUGGAAAUCGCGUCGAAGGGCGAGCUACCACGACAGCCUCUCAUGCUGGUUGGUGGUGACCUAAAGGAGUAUCAGCUGCGGGGCUUGCAAUGGAUGGUUUCUUUGUAUGACAAUCAUUUGAACGGUAUUUUGGCUGAUGAAAUGGGAUUGGGUAAGACGAUCCAAUCUAUUUCGCUGCUCACGUAUGUGACAGAAGUCAAGCACAACCACGGUCCAUUUCUCGUGGUUGUGCCGCUGUCCACUUUGUCAAAUUGGGUGAACGAGUUCAAGAAGUGGGCGCCUGAUCUCGUGAUUGUGGUAUAUAAGGGGCCUCCUCAGGUUCGCAAGGAACUUCACAAACAAGAAAUGGCAUCGUGUCAGUUUAAUGUACUUCUGACAACCUACGAGUACAUUAUGAAGGACAAACAUGUGCUGCGCAAGUAUGACUGGCAGUACAUUAUCGUGGAUGAGGGUCAUCGUAUGAAAAAUGCUCAAAGCAAAUUUGCUAUGACACUCGGUAGUAUGUACACUUCGCGUAACCGGUUGUUGUUGACAGGCACGCCCCUACAAAAUAGUCUGCCGGAACUUUGGGCACUCUUGAAUUUUCUUUUGCCGACGAUUUUUGAGUCCGUGGAUACGUUUGAGCAAUGGUUUAGUAAGCCAUUUGCGCAGUUUUCUGGUAAUGGUGAAUCAAACGAGCUAUCCGACGAAGAACGUAUGCUUAUUAUCAAUCGGCUGCAUCAAGUGCUACGUCCGUUCUUGUUGCGGCGUGUGAAGGCCUCCGUUCUUGAUCAACUUCCUGACAAAGUGGAGAAAGUGCUUAAAUGCGAACUCUCAGGCUGGCAGAAAAUUAUGUAUAGGCGUAUCCAAGAAGGAGGUGCACUUCUCAUGGAAACAAUGGAUGGUACAGGCAAAAAGAAGGGAAAGGCAAAGUACACGUCCAAGGGUUUGUCUAACGUGCUCAUGCAGCUGCGCAAGGUGUGCAACCACCCGUACCUUUUCCAGACGAACGGGUACCAGAUCGAUUUUGACAUCGUGCGUUCAUCAGGCAAAUUUGAGCUGUUGGACCGCAUGCUGCCGAAGCUAAAAGCUGCAGGCCAUCGCGUGCUGAUGUUCAGUCAGAUGACGCAGUUGAUGCACGUUUUGGAGGACUACUUUAACUACCGUGGCUUCCGCUACCUUCGUUUGGAUGGUUCGACGAGUGCUGAUGAACGUGAACAACGCAUGUUUAUGUUUAACGCGCCGGACUCGCCUUUCUUUAUCUUCCUUUUAAGUACACGCGCCGGUGGCCUUGGACUGAAUCUUGCGACAGCAGACACGGUCAUCAUUUUUGAUAGCGAUUGGAAUCCCGCCAUGGAUGCACAGGCUCAGGAUCGCGCUCACCGAAUCGGCCAAAAGAACGAAGUGCGAGUCUUUCGACUUGUCACAAAUAGCCCCGUGGAGGAGAAAAUUCUUUCGCGUGCGACGGACAAAAUGAAUAUGAACAAUCUUGUGGUAGAAGCCGGCAAAUUUAACAAUCGCUCAAAGGAGGCAGAGCGGCGUGCGAUGCUUGAGAGCCUUAUUAAAAUGGAGCAAGAGGAAGUAACGCACACCGCUCACGUUGAUGAUGAAUCGUCGAAUGUUCUACUGGAUGACGAAAUCAAUGAGAUGAUGGCGCUGACGGACGAAGAACUGGCUUUGUAUCAGCGAGUGGAUGAUGAGCGCAAAACUCGCGAAGCAAAGGAAUGGGAAGAGUAUUGCAAGCAGUACAAUAUCUCGCCCAAUCAGCGUACUCGGCUUAUGUCCGAGAAGGACGCCCCGGUUUGGCUGCGCGAAGCCAACGCAAUUAUGGAGCAUGAUAUUGCAACGGGAAAGCAUGACAAAGGUGCUUGGAAGUUUGAAAUGGAGGGCAAACCUCGUAAACGCAAGGAAAUGUCGUAUCGCGAUCAAUUUACAGAUGCGGAGUUUGUAAGGUUGUGUGAGGAUGGAAUUGACGAGACGACGAAGUCAUCGUUGAAGAGUUUUCUGGAAACCACGCAUGGCAAACGGAAGCGUGGCGAGGACAAAAAUGCCAUUGACAUUGGCGGCGAAGAGGAAGACACAACGAAUGAGGACGAGGCGUCGAGACGUGAGCGCAAGAUGCUUUGCUAUUACUACCGGAAGAAGCCCUCUGCACUAGACUAUCCCGACUACUACACGAUUGUAAAGCAGCCCAUGGACUUGGCCACUAUAAAGGCACGGCUAGAUAGGUAUUACUAUGCGUCGCAUGAACAGUUUGAAGAGGACUUUAAACUCAUGGUGGGCAACGCGCAAUUGUAUAAUCAUCCUGAGUCGCUAGUGGUGUUUGACGCGCUAGAAAUUGACAAGUGUGUCAAGGCAAAGAUGAAGCCACUGCACCUGAAAACGAUGGAGCAGAUUGCAGCAGCUUAUGAGAAGGCAAAGAAGGACCACAAGCGUCGUGCUAAGAACCGCAAGGAAAAGAGGCGACGUCGCCACUAG